AUGUCAAUGUGCUCUUCUUCUUCUGGGUCUUCAUCAACCAAAUCAUGGAUCGUGCACGGCAUUGUAGCCGGAGCUGCAAUUGCUGUGGCAUUUGGCGCUGGUGCUUAUCUCGGUCGAUACAGAAAGUUUAGGAGCCGGGUUGUAGGUAUCAUACCCGCUCGUUAUGCUUCUUCUCGGUUUGAAGGCAAGCCACUUGUUAACAUCCUUGGCAAACCCAUGAUCCAGAGAACUUGGGAAAGGACCAAACUGGCAACAACACUGGAUCAUAUAGUUGUGGCUACGGAUGAUGAAAAAAUCGCAGAAUGUUGUCGAGGAUUUGGUGCUGAUGUGGUAAUGACUUCAGAAUCUUGUCGAAAUGGUACGGAACGAUGCAAUGAAGCACUUCAAAAGCUAGAUAAGAAAUAUGAUGUUGUUGUCAAUAUUCAGGGCGACGAGCCUCUCAUUGAACCUGAGAUAAUAGAUGGAAUUGUUAAAGCACUGCAGGCAGCCCCAGAUGCGGUGUUUAGCACCGCUGUAACCUCUUUGAAGCCUGAAGAUGCAUUUGAUCCCAAUCGAGUGAAAUGUGUGGUGGAUAAUCGAGGUUAUGCUAUCUAUUUUUCGAGGGGAUUAAUUCCUUACAACAAGACGGGAAAGGUCAACCCACAAUUUCCGUAUUUGCUUCAUCUAGGAAUUCAGAGUUAUGAUACAAAGUUUCUGAAGAUAUAUCCUGAGCUUCAACCCACUCCACUGCAACUAGAAGAGGAUCUGGAACAGCUUAAGGUCCUUGAAAAUGGUUAUAAAAUGAAGGUGAUAAAAGUUGACCAUGAGGCACAUGGUGUCGACAUUCCAGAAGAUGUUGAAAAGAUAGAAACUUUGAUGCGUGAUAAAAACUUGUCUUAG